UCCGAGCUUUCCUUUUUAGCUUUCAUUCCCGGCCUGCUCAGACGUGUGUCAUCGUUGUUCUUUGUUGUUGUGUUGAGUGCAUGCGGGCACUAGGGAAUGUGCUGGGUGCUUGCCGCUGAACCCUGUGAAGCGACUCUGAGUACAGCAUGCCGGUAUGUCAGCAAGCUGUGCAGCACUUUGCGGCGCUGAACGCACGAGCCCGAGCCAGGAUAAAACCUCCGGAAUGAGUCGCCAGGAGAAACAGUUCUUCUCUUGCUGUCCGAGACACCAACACCAACACCCGACGCGCCUAGUGCUGUGUACUAUUUGCUGUGGCCGGCCCGGUUCUUGUUGCUACCUCCGCCAGUACGUAAUACAGACAGUGCAGUGAUACAAGCGUCGCUACUUACGGUUAGACGAUAGUUCGUAGCGGGGAAGAAUGGAGUUUGGCAGCGACUUCGUGUUCGUACCGCAGUCGGAGGCGGACCAGUACGAGCAGGUGCCUCGCUCGCAGCUAGAGAAAGAGGCGGUGGAGCGUGUGAGGUCGGUGGACAACACGGAUGAUGGCAAGAUAUGUCUGCUUGAUAUCCUGGACUCGGCCGGCCAAGAGGAGUAUUCCUCAAUGCGUGACCAGUACAUGCGGUCGGGAGAUUGCUUCAUGAUCGUGUACGACGUCACCAGCCGAUCUUCCUUCGACGAGGCCGAGCAUCUCAUCUCGUUCAUUGCUCGCGUGAAGGACGUCGAGACCAGCGAAGUGCCGUUUAUCAUUGUUGGUAACAAGACCGACCUGGGCGAUCACCAGGCGGUGGAGGAGCAUGAGGGCCGCGCUCUGGCGCGCCGUCACAAGCGCCCGUUCGUGGCCACGUCGGCCAAGACCGGCGACAGCGUGGAGCACGCGUUCUUCACGCUGGUGCGCAACACGCCGCGCUACAGCAAGGAAUACAAGGUGGUUGUCCUCGGCUCUGGUGGUGUUGGAAAGUCCUCGCUCACCAUCCGCUUCAUCCAGAACCACUUUGUGUCGGACUAUGACCCGACCAUCGAGGACUCCUAUCGCAAGCAGUGCAUCGUGCCGGGCAUACCCGCCGAGAUGCGACGUGGCGUACAGCCAGUGAAACCGAAGAAGAGCGGCUUUCUGCAGAGCUGCUUCCGGCGUCGCUCCAGCGCAUCUCGUGGUGCUGGUGGUGGUGGUCGUAGUCGAGAAGAGACAGUGCGGUGUCGCCGCGCCACUGCCAACGUCUUGCUGGUGGAGCUGGGUCGCCUUGCCGACGAGCCCGGCAUGGCAACGGGCGAUGCGGUGCGCUGCAGCGGUUGCUAUGCCGUCCUCUCGGCAAUGUCCGCAGUGAAGACGGUGGACGGCCGCGACACGUCGGCGUCGGUCUGGACAUGUGAGUUCUGUAAUGUACAAAACAAGGUGGACGUCGCUCCAGAAGAGGUACCCACCACACCGUCCUGUGACUACAUGCUGCACUCUCCCGCUGCCGCCGCGGCCACCAAGCCGUCGAACAGGGACGGGCUGGUGGUGUACUGCAUGGAUGUGAGCGGAUCGAUGUGCGUCACAACGGAGGUCAAGCAACUGCAAGCUGACUGGAGUGCCAUUCGCAGUGGUGACUCGUCGCGCUCCAAGCAGAACAUCUCCCGUCUAAGCUGCAUGAAGAUUGCCGUGAAGCGACAACUGGAGCAUCUGCAGGUGGAGAAACCCAAAACACGCGUAGUGCUGGUGACGUUCAGCAGCAAGGUGACCGUGUACGGUGAUGGAUCCUCCGACGCCAUCGUCCUCGCCGGCGACAAGCUGUACGACUUUGAGCGACUGUUGAGCGAGGGAAAGAACAUUGCGGCCGAUCUGAAGGUGGACACUAUUGAGAAUUCCAUAAAGAAACUCUCGUCGGUAGUGGACGCACUGGAGGAGGGCGGCGCAACGGCGCUCGGACCCGCCCUGACCGUCGCCGCUGGCAUGGCAACCAGCACGGCAGCGGCCGAGAUUGUCCUGUGCACGGACGGACGACCCAACGUGGCUCUCGGCGCCCUGAACAGCAGCGGCGAGGGGGGACCUGAGUUCUAUGUACAGAUUGGUGAGAAGUGUCGGGAGACCAAGUCGGUGGUGUCCAUCUUGGGCAUUGAGGGCGAGGACUGCAACAUGAGUCAGGUGGCUAAGUGUGCAGAGCUCAGCGGCGGAGACGUCAACAAGCUGAACCCGCUGGAGCUGACCCGCCAGCUGCGGCUCAUUUCUCAGAACCGCACGGUGGCCACUGACGUGGAGCUCAGUGUCCUGCUGCACCCGUCCCUCCAGCUAGAGAAGACCGUCUCCUCGCAGGGUCUGAGCCGUAUCAUUGUACCGCUUGGCAACGUAACGCAACAGACCGAUCUCACCUACCCGUUCCACGUGCGACCCCGGGAACACGGACUGAGCGCCAACAAGCUUCCCUUUCAGGUUCAGUUGAAGUACACCAGACCGGAUGGUACUCAAUACCUACGUGUUAUCAGUGCAUACCGGCCGGUGUCCAGGAACAGAGAUGCCGUGGAAGAGGCAUGUCACAUUGCAGUGACUGGACUGGCGGCCAUCCAGCACGCUGCACAGCAGGCCACAGACGGACAUUGCGAAGACGCACGUGCCAACCUGCUGGCCACACGUCGGCUACUGGAGCGCGGUGCAAAGCACGACGACCAGCAGGAAGAGCUCAGCAUCUACAUGGCCGAGAGCGAGGACCUGGAGGAUGAGCUGCGGCGACGUCAUCGCUCCCAUGGCGACGGGGCAGAGCGUCAUCGCUACGACGACGAGGUGGUCAAGAUGCUGCACCGCAAGCGCGCCGCGCACCUGGCGCAGUUCCUGUGCGGCUCUGCCAAGCGCCGGCUGGUGGAACAGCGCCGCGCCGCAGACAGCCGGCUGAGAGAGCAGUACUACGGAUAUCGCUUCUGAGAUGCGUCUGAGCAGCUCAAUUCCAUCACAGUGCGCUCAUGCAAGCGUGGUUGUGCCUGUUUCGGUUAAAUGUGAUCCAGGGGAAGUGAAGCACAAUCUGAUCCAUGUGGCAUGUGUGGCCACUUCUCCAGGAAACAUUGCGGAGACCCUGAGAUGCCACAGAUGGGUGAGAUGAUGUCACCAUAAACGAUAUGACUGAGAUGAUGUCAUAGUGAACUCUACCCGGAGCGGCGUAGCCUGUAUAUAGAUGUCACCUUGUCAGAGUAUGCAUGCAUGGCGGCUUUACUGGUGCACUUGCUUAAACUAGUGUUCGAUGUGCGCUGCAUGCGUCAUAAGCAGAUAAUUCUUGUCAAGACCCAGAUGUACAAUAACACUUUCAAUAAGUGCAGCAGCACAGGCCUGCUUGCUUGGACCACCCAUUUCAGUGAGUGUGGCCAAGACACCAUUACAAUCACUACAAGCACAAGUCUACGUUUUGAAUGGGCAGCUACAUAGCUUAACUGGAUUAAAGCCAACCCAUUCAAUAGCCACCACGUUUAUCAUCUCGCCUUACAAUAUUAAUAUCGGGUAAGGGAUAGGAGUCAAGAUUGUAAUCUUCCGUUGUUCGGAUUUCGGAUAUGCUGUUUUGUAUGUUUUAAACCCGGUCACAUUCAUACCACAGUACCACAUUCAAGAUCAUUUCCAUUGCAUGUGUGGAUAGAUAAUGCAUUUCUUUCUCCCACAUGUUCACUACUCGCAUGCUCAUGCCGGUUUUAUUUCACGA